UUUUCUUUGAUUCUGAGUAAGAUCUAGAUAUGAUUGGCGAAGUCUUAGUCCUAUAUGAUUAUGAUGCCUCAGAGCCAGAUGAGCUGUCCAUUCGUCAAGGAGAUGUUAUCCAAGAUGCAAUACAAAUGGAAAGCGGUUGGAUGAAAGGAUCUUUGAAGGGAAAGCAAGGUGUUUUCCCUGAAAACUUUGUCAAGAUUACAAGUCAUGAUAUGGCUGUUCCCCCCUCAUACAAAGGGAUCCCAAAGAAAUGCAAGGUUCUCUUCCCAUAUGACCCAUGCAGUACAGAUGAGCUCAAGUUGACUGUAGGUGACAUGAUAAAUGUCAUUGAAGAGGUGGAAGAGGGAUGGUGGAAAGGACAACUUAAUUCUCAGGUUGGGGUGUUUCCAUCAAAUUUUGUGUCGGAAGUUCGAGAGAAGAAUCAGAGUGGAAGGCAUGCACCUUCCUCUACCUCUCCCUCAGCUGAUGAUCAUAGAGGUGAUCUUUAUCAUUCCUAUGCAAGUCACUUCUCUGGCUCUCCAUCCUCAGUGCUGUUCACUCCAUUGUUUUAUUCUUUAGAUGUCAAGAAGCCUCAUGGCAGCACAUAUUCCAAUGAAGCAUCUAGUCCUGUACCUGUUCUUCCACCAAAGCCUGUCAAAGAGAAGUGUCGAGUCGUGUUUGCAUAUGAUGCCGAGAAUCAGGAUGAACUCACACUUCGAGAGGGGGACAUUGUGACCAUUGUGUCAAAAGAUGUGGAAGAUCCAGGCUGGUGGAAGGGAGAACUCCAAGGCCGCAUUGGAGUCUUUCCUGACAAUUUUGUUCAAAUCAUCACUGAUUCUGACCAGUUCCCCGAUCCUGGAAGUCCAAUGCACCCUUCAGGGACAAAACCAGUUAUUGGUGGCGAAGGUUCUAGUUCUAUGAAUAAGAAGGAGGUGGCAUCCUCACACCCUGGCAGCAGGGAAGAAUUGAAGCCACACAUUGGGACUUUUAGUGGAAAGGAUUCCUUUGAUGGUGAAGCUGAGAAACAAAAGGAGAAGCAAUCAAGUGAAAAAAGAAGUCAUACAGAUGCUGUAAACAAUAGUCCCAGAGCAAAACCUCCUCAGAGGCCCACUGAUUUGUCUGAUCAAGGCAUCAAGCAAUCAAAGAAAGGAGGGCCAUCUAUUCUGGCCCAUAUAAACCUCCAUACUCCUGAAAGGGUUAAUGGAGUUGAUGCUCAAGGAGGCCCAGGAGCUUCCUCCAUUGUGCUGAUCCUUGCCCACAGACUGAAGUUCAUCAGUUUUGCCAGCUCGUGUCGAGACCAACCUGUGCAUCUGUGGGGUGGUGCAACUGGGAUGCUGAUUGGAACUUUUCUUCCAUUGGAUCACUUGGAACUGAUCCCUCGGGCCCAUUCACUCUGCUUCACGCCAUGUGGCCAUCGUCUCCGAUGUGGCUUUCCUGAUGGACUCAUUCACACCUUCCAUCUGGAUCGUCCUGGAAAGGCUGCCAUCCGCUCCCUCAAACCGCUUUCACGUAUGAUGCCAUUUCGUCAGAGGGGAAUCAUCUCAUGCAUUGCAGAGUGCCCAGCAUUAAAGGGCUUUUAUGCGGCUGGUUCAUACAACCGAACAAUUGGGUUGUAUUCAGAGGAUACAAAGACCAUGUUGUCCAUCCUUGAAGGUCAGCUGGGAGGAGUCACUCAUCUUCAAUUCUCUAGGGAUGGAACAUUCCUCUACAGUGGUGGGAGGAAGAGCAUAAGAUGCAAGAGACAAUAG